CUCCGCAUUUUUACGGCCAUUUCCCAGUUUUACGGGAGACGUGUACGUACCGGUGGGGCUCUACGCUCUGGAAUCAACGCAAUGACAUAAACGAACCGCAGGAACUAAACAAGUCAAACCUGCCCAUUUGAGCAACUCAAGAUGGUUUUAGAAAGUAUUUCUAAGAUAAUAAAAGUGCAGCUUCCAGCCUAUCUGAAGAGGCUCCCACUGCCGGAGACCAUCGGUGGAUUUGCGAGGUUAACAGUGUCUGAGUGGCUGCGGUUGCUGCCUCUCCUGGGUAUCCUGGCCUUGCUGGGCUACUUGACCAUUCGCCCAUUCCUGCCCAAGAAGAAGAAGCAGAAGGACAGUCUGAUCAACCUGAAGAUCCAGAAAGAAAACCCCAAAGUGGUCAAUGAGAUAGACAUCGAGGACCUGAACAGUGCAAAUGUGUGUUACUGUCGCUGCUGGCGCUCCAAAACUUUUCCUGUUUGUGACAAGUCACAUUUAAAGCACAAUGAGCUCACUGGAGACAACGUCGGACCACUGAUACUCAAAAAGAAGAUACUAUAAUCAACUGCUAACAGGACUUUUCCUCUCACCUCCCCAGUACUUUUCAUUUCUUAACAGUCUGUCUAAAGGUUUUCUUCAUCUCUGCUUGGUUUAUGUCGGUGAGUCUUUAUCUGAAGUGGUCCUAACACAUACAAAUACGUACUUCUUUAUGGCCACUGUUUACUAUUGUUGGUUCACAAAACAUCCUUUCUAUGUGACUGUAACUUCAGUCUUGUCUCCGUUUUGGGAAUCUGUCAAAAAACAAAGGGACCACGGUGAGGUGGAAAACUUGAAACAUCAUUUCAGCCAUGUUGUAAUUAACUUCAGUCAUUAGAACUCAUCAGAGGAGAUGUGUAUUUCUAGUUAAACUAGGUAAAUGGCUAUUUAAAUGAAAUGCUUACUAGUCCAACCUUUAACCAGCAUUUUGCACAGAAAGUUUUCAUAUUCAAUUCUCGUGUAUUAUUUAACAGACAGGCUUUUUUUGUAUGAUUUCUUUCUUUUGCUGCAGAUAUUCUGUGUGCCAAAUGUUAACUUAGCGUCAGGAUGUGAAAUACUCUCUUAUAAGUUAUUGUGUGUGUGGGAGGCUACUUAUUAAUCAAAUAUUUUGUGUCAAUAGCCCUUAAGCAUUUGAGUUUUACAUUUUGAAGUCAGCUGUUGCCUUAGAAACAUUUCAAACCACUGCACUGUUGAGUAAAAUCCAGUUAAACCAGUUUUAACCUCACUAACAUAGUGAGGUUUUCAAGGUUCUUUUUUUUAGUUAUGAUUUAAGUUGAAAUCAUGCUGGAGCAUUUUCCUUUGCAAUUCAUCAGUAAUGUUUUAUAUGUGAAGGGUUUGUAUUGUGAGAUUGGUCUUUUCAUCAUGACGAUGUUGUGUUGACUGUUAACUAAUCUUUGUAAUUUGUUGGAUUUAUUCUGCAUUUGAGGUGUAACUUGUGCAAAGGAAUAGUCAAGAUGUUUAACACAUACAGUUUUGGCACAUACAACUGCAGCGUCAGUGUCUUACUAUUACGACGAGAUAACACCGCAUGUAACCUGGAGUUGAAUUAAGUAUAAAUGAUUGGCAAGGAGUCCAAUUGCACCUCCUUUUAAAUGCAUCCGUUUCCAUCAAGAUCGACCUCCACUUUUAUCUUAUGUAAUUUAAAUUGAUAUUUUACUCAUGUUCAUUGGGAUAGAUAUUGAAUAGAAGUUGAGUAGUAUCACAGUCGAGAUGAUUUGAUGAUGUUAUUACUUGACAAACUCAGUACAGUAUGUUUCAAAUUUACUAUUGUUUAUUGUUUAAAUAACAUUUGGUAAAAAACAACAACACGUCUUUAAAGUGAUCAAAUAUUGCUAUCAUCCAUAAUAUAAUAAACAAUACUUUAGAUGUAAAUCCAAAUUUUAAAAAAAAACAAAAAACUUAAAGAAUCAAUAUAACAAACAUGGAAAAACUACUUUGCUUCAUGAUGCUUCAUGUUUACAUAAUUGUGAACAUUACAUUUAGAGCAUUCAUGACAUUUACAUCAGACAGCGUCAUUUAUAAGCGGCUGUAGUGUUUUAACUACAGAGGAAAGUAUUUUCAGAAUAUUUCAUUCUCUUCCUGAGUCAUUGUAAACUACACAAACAAGACAAUCAGCUAGUACACAUUUCAAUUUAAAAAAAAACAACACAAAAUGUACCAUGUACAAGACUAAAAACACCCUACAACUUGGGUGUGGUCUAAUUAAAAAUGUAAAUUCAAGCAAAAAUAUGGCUAUGGUCAGUACAUUCUGUGAAGUAGUAGAAACUGCUUAUAUUCAAAUACAGCUUAACAGUGCAGACACUUGCAUGUAGGUCAUUUGUUUGGAGCCUUAGGCCUGGAAACCACCAGUGGCUAUAAAUACAGGGUGAUGCAUGUCUUCCUUCAGUGAGCACCAGGAGCUGACGAGCAGAUUUAGACAAAAAAAAAAAGAAAGCUCAAAUAUCCUAGGCAUGAAAGCACACCGGAAAUGUUCUUGAAUGUCCUUGCUUGCUGGGUGAAGACAAGUCGUGUCAGAGUGUACUUUCGUAGGUGACGGGAGUUUCAUUGUCGUCUUCUCCUGCUGCUGCUUCAGUCCCU